UUCACUCUGAACGAGCCCAUCGCCGCCACCUUGAGCGCGCCAAGACUGCCUUGUAAUCCCCGAGUUCGGGACUAUCGCUACGAAUUACCGUGGGUGACAAUUGAGCAUUCAUCAAACCAACGGGUCACGUAAGAUAAAGCUGACACAUUAUUACGUCCGCUUCAUGAGCCUGGCCUGGGCGCCCCAUAACUGCAUCUAGCCCUCUCUUCUGCGACAUGUUCUCCCCGUCAAUUCUCGCGCUGAACGGUGCACAGUAUUUGCUAUCCCCUCCGCGAUUGUUCCAUUCGUUUGCGGUAAGCGGAGACGCUUCAUUGUUCACUGCGAACAGGCUGUCAGAAAGAUGGGUGGCGCCGAGCCUGGCGCGGGAAAAAGCCCCAGAAGGAAGCGGGUGGUGUUGCUCAAGCCGAGCCACAACUGUUGCAAGACCUGCCGUACUCGCAAAAUCAAGUGUGGCGGAGAACGGCCGCACUGUGCAAAAUGUACGCGCUCGGGACUCUUGUGCGAGGGCUAUACCACGUGGGUUCUGACCAUGCGACAACCGGACACUGAGUCGCCCGGCCUGCCCAUCAACCUCCCAAGCAGUGUCGGUCCAAGAGCGAUGAACCGCGUACAACUAUUCGCCCGGUUCCUGGGAGAUCGGUUUUCCGACGUUGCUCCUGCUGCGCCGCCAGCGGGACACGUACCGAGCCUGUCACUGCCGCAUCUCUGGGCCGAAAUGGAUAUUGAAACUCCGCUCUUGUGCCAUGCCAUAGAUACGCUAUGUCUGACCGACACUGCAAGCAAGUCUCCGUGCACUGCGAUGGCGUACGCAGCGGCCGCCGCUCGCGGACGAACGUACGGUAUGCUGCAUAGAGCUAUUGCUCUGCAUCAGUCGAAGCCUCCAACUAGAAGUUCACGAGACAUCGUCCUCACGAUCAUAUGCAUCAGCCUCACAGCCGCACUGGGAUCCGAGGCAGAGCUAGACGAUCGCCAUAGCCAAGCAACUGCCCAUCUCGAGGGAGCACUCCGGUUUCUGGCGGCAAAUGGCCCGUCAUUCCUCAUCGGAGAUGACAAGCUCGACGCGGUCCUUCUACGACACAUCCAGAUGUAUUGUCUACCCGUCGGGCUCGCGCGUCGGAAAGAAUUCAUCUUUCAGACCCCCGAGUGGCAGCGCGUCCCGCGCGUUCUUUUGCAUGAUGACUUGAAUGUCUACAAGGCCUCUGGAUACAUUAGAGCUCAGUCGUUGCCCACCAAAUCCCUGCGAUGGCAUCACGAAUUCGAGACGACCACAGACCGGAAUCUACAUAGAGACAUGCUUGGCCCAAUACCCAAGCUCCUCGAGGUAGCUGACAACUUUGUCAAGGGAUACACUGGUGAUGCAGAGCAGCUCCAAGCAAUGUCACAUGUUGUCCGCCGUGCUGAUCACACGCUGGAAACGUCUGUUGGGCCAGCCAUGGACGAUGCGUUCCGAGUGCACGAACCGCACAUCACCAAUGACCAUACCGACGCUUUCGACCCCGCGAUCGAGGAGCACGCGUUUCUGCGCACGAGUGCGUUCGUGCGGGAGCAUUUCCAAUUCGUCAGCCCCAUGUGCGGGUACGCAAGCGCAAACAUGUACCUGCUGAGUUUGAUGACCGACUGUACUCUGCUUCAGAUCAUCUGCUGUGGCAUUGAACAUGGCCUGUCGCCCGAAUGGACAGGGGUGCACAAGGACGACGUGGAGGAAAGAGCUUCGGCGAAUGCCUUUGGCCUCUGCCAGCACGUCUACUUCUACAGCCAACGCUCCCUGACGGCUGCUAUAUUCCUGCGCCUCAUGGUGGCAGGUGCGCGAAACUAUUUCGAAAGCAUCGGCCAGGUAGAUGCGACGGAGUGGUGUGACGGGUGCCUGGACGCCAACUCGCUCCGCAUUGAGCGCCUCCAGCUGACCGCGACCUCUCUUUGUCCGGUCGUGGCUACUUUUCCUCGCAUUGCAGAAGGCUUCAAGAUUCCGAACUACGUGCCGUGACACGGACCAGAUCGUGACGUGGCUGCUUCGGCCCAUUCAGCGAAUGAAUUGCUAUAGUAGAUGUACAACUCGGCCUAUAAGGUCCCCUUGUCUCUGCCUAAGCGUCUUGCUAAACUCCUUAGACACCUUAAGGGCAGAAAUCGCCUUGGUCUAGUCAGAUCCUGGUGCCUAUCACUACGAUUUGCCACACGCAGACACCCUGUCCAUAUAUCUUUUCCACAUCUUCGGAGUCGCCGGGCGGAGCUGCCCGAUUUGGAAGGCGGUCGAUUCCCAAUAUGGCAUCUCCGCUUCCGGCGCGGCUCGACCAC